UGCUCAACAUAUUUUACCUUGUAUUGAACUUUCAGAGAAACUAACAAAUAUCUCAAAUAUAUCGAAUACUCCGAAGACCCUGAACAUCCUAAAUACCUCAAGAAUCACAAGAAGUUCUACUAUCAAUAUAGGUUUAGAUAAACGGGUUGCCAAAGGUGUGGGUAUAGAAAACUGUUUAGAUCUGUUUGAUGAUGGUGAUGCUUUAUCUAAUCUGAAAGGCUGUCUUCUGAAUGAUAAUGAGAUUCUUGUCAAUGAUUUUACUUCAGAAAAUGAGAUAGUGAAUUCUAAUUGUAAACGAAAAGUUAAUAAGAUUAAUGAUAUAGAAAAUGAAGACAUGAAUAUGCAAAAGAGGAAUCGAUUUGCUUCAACAAUUAGUAAUAUUUAUGAUGUGCAGACUCAAAUGAUUGUGAUAAUUCAAGAUAUACAGAAAAAGGUCAACGAAAUGUAUACAGAUUGGAAAGUCAUUGGAUUUGAUAGUUCAAAAAUG